GGAGAGUAAGAGUGUCUUAACAACAAAGCAACCGAUCGCCCACUUGUUAUUCAAAACAAUAGAACCACAAGAAGGGCUUCUCUAAUCCCAGAACAGAAGCGUAAAUUUGCCAGGAUGUCCAUCCUUGACAAAAUGUCUACGGCAGAUUUGAUGGAGAAUCUCAGGGAAGAACUCACCUGCUUCAUCUGCUUGGACUAUUUCAGCAGCCCAGUGACCACUGAGUGUGGACAUAGCUUUUGCCUGAGGUGUCUCCUUAAGAGCUGGGAGGAACAAAACACACUUUUAUCUUGUCCUGAGUGUUGGAGGACUUUGGGGGGCCCUCAUUUCCAGCCCAAUGAGCGACUGGGGAGACUGGCUAGCAUCGGCAGGCAGCUCAGAUCCCAGGUGCUGCAGAAUGAGGAGGAACCAGGCACCUGUGGGAGACUAUCCUCCACUAGAGUGUUCUCUGAUGAUGAGCAGAGUGUAAAUGUUUUUGCAAGCCAGAGUCAUGGAAUAAACAGAGUGUAUCUCUCGAGUGAGGCUGAGGAGCAACACAGAGAGAAACUCCAGGAGAUCCUAAGUCUUCUGCGUAAAAAGAGGAAGGAAUCUCAGGCUAUACUGACCCACGAGAGGGAGAGAGUGAUAUUGUGUAAGGAAGAGACAAAAACUUGUAAACAGGUGGUUGUGUCAGAAUAUAUGAAAAUGCACCAGUUCCUGAAGGAGGAGGAACAGCUCCAGCUGCAGCUACUAGAAAAGGAGGAAAGAGAGAACAUGAAGAAACUGAGGGACAACGAGAUCCAGCUCACCCAGCAAAUCAGAAGCUUAAGCAAAAUGAUUGGACAGAUAGAGUCUACAUGUCAGAACUCCGCUUUUGAAUCUUUUGAGGAAAUAAGAGGAGCCCUGGAAAGGAGCGAGUCACUCCUGCUUCAGUGUCCAGAGGCCACUGCCACAGAACUGAGUCUGUGCCACAUCACUGGAAUGAGGGAGAUGCUAAGAAAAUUCAGCACAGAGAUAACCCUGGAUCCAGCAACUGCCAAUGCCUAUCUAGUCUUGUCUGAGGAUCUGAAAAGUGUGAGAUAUGGAGGGAUCAGACAGCAGUUACCUGACAACCCAGAAAGAUUUGACCAGUCUGCGACGGUGCUGGGAGCUCAGUUCUUCACCCACGGAAGACACUAUUGGGAGGUGGAAGUGGGCAACAAGACUGAGUGGGAGGUGGGCAUCUGCAAGGACUCCGUGAACAGAAAGGGAAACCUGCCAAAGCCCCCUGGGGACCUCUUUUCACUUAUAGGUUUAAAAAUUGGAGAGGAUUACAGUCUCUGGGUCUCAUCACCUUUGAAAGGGCAACAUGUCCAAGAGCCUGUGAAUAAGGUCGGUGUUUUCUUAGACUAUGAAUCUGGACACAUAGCAUUCUACAAUGUGACAGACGAGUCCCUCAUCUACAGCUUCCCUCCAGCCUCUUUCCAAGAAGCCCUCAGGCCUAUCUUCUCCCCUUGCCUCCCCAAUGAAGGGACAAACACAGACCCUCUUAUCAUCUGCUCACUGAAGAGCCACAUCUGAGGGACAGGUCCCUGUGCUUCCACUGAGGAUGAGGUCUGGGACCACCAGAUGACCAAUCCCUAAGACGAUUAAUGCGUGAAAGUCUUCACAUCAGGUCAUCUGAAAGAAAAUCCCACCCCCCCCAACCCCUCCACAAAGAGUUUCUAUGAACCUGAGACCGCAAUGAAGAACCAAUUAGAAAAUCAGCACCAGUCACUGAAAGUUAAUCACAUCCUGUGUCUUUAACCAAAUUCAUUAUCUGGACUACCCCGUGUGCUGGUCUCUCAAAAUACAGAGAGAACUAGCCCCUGUCACCCCGAAUCAAUUGUCAUAGGCCAGUUUUUAUAAAUAUAUGUCGUUUUUUUUUUCUAGUGUAUUUAUUUAUUUGACUCAAAACCCCUUGCAGUUUGAAUGUGUCUCUCUCCUCUGUGCAGAGCCCUGCUAGUUGGGGUAAUUCCAAUCCCUCCAGGGACCUGGUGCCUGAGUGUUCCCUUCCAGGGUGGGUGACAGGGAUCCAGGCCUCAGCCUCCUCUGAGGCUGGAGUAUUUGUACCCAGGAAGGCUUAUGUGUUCAGAAUGCUGCUGAGAUCUGUGUGAACACCAUCAGAUCCUUCAAGGUACCACAGGCUGGAACCUUCUGUUGUUUGUUUACAUUAGAAGAUGACAGAGCAAAGUCUCUAUUCAAUAAACGUAUCAUGGCAAUGUA